AUGGGCAAGAAGAAGCGCGGUCACCCCGAUGUCGAGGAGCUGCUCGCUCGGCCGUGGUGCUAUUACUGUGAGCGUGAUUUCGAUGACCUAAAAAUUCUCAUCUCCCAUCAAAAGGCUAAACACUUCAAAUGCGAAAGAUGUGGCCGAAGACUGAACACAGCAGGAGGCUUGUCCGUUCACAUGAAUCAGGUCCAUAAAGAGACUCUGUCCAGCGUUGACAACUCAUUGCCCAACCGACAAGGACUCGAAGUCGAAAUAUUUGGCAUGGAAGGCAUUCCGGCAGAGGUUGCUCAAGCACAUAAUCAGCGCAUCAUCGCAGGAUUCUACCAAGCGGAAGCCGAGCGUCGAGCAGCCACAGGAAAUCCUACUCCAGGUGGUGGCGCAAAUCCAGCGGGUGGCCAACCCAAGAAGCCAAAAUUUGAAUCGCCUGCGGAUCUGAAAAAGAGAUUGGCAGAACACAAAGCUCGGAAAGCCGAACAAGCAGCUGGCAGUAGUAGCGGUGGCAAUACACCAAUGGCCAACAGUCCUAUGGGACAAAGUCCUGGCGCAUUUAAUGCAUCGCCUUUCCCUCCUCCACAAGCCACUUUUGGCGGAACACAAGGUGCGGGAUAUGGGUCAUUCUCUCAAGAGCCGUACACACAACCUGCGGUAGCUUACCAACAGUCUUACACCCAACAACCUUCGUUCUCUGGACCACCCGGUGCUCAAUACCAGCCCCAAUAUUCUCCUCCUCCGCAGCAUCCAACCUCCCAAUCCUUCCCUCCUCCCGGAUACCAGCCAAACCAAAAUUUCCCUAGUCAACAAUUUGGAGCAGGAUCGGCCCCGGGUUCCUUCAACAGCUAUCAAGGCCCGCCAUCACACACCCCACCAACACACGGCGGCCUCCCAAAUCGACCACCGAGUCUUCCCCCAGCACCUGGCCUUCCUCAACGACCAUCAUUUGGCGCUCCUGCAGUGCCGCCAUAUCAAAUGCAGCAGUUGCACCAAGGCCCUCCUCCUCAUCAGCAAGGUGGAUGGGGAGGCAAUGGAUGGAAAGGUCAAGAUCAUAAUUCAGCUAUGUCAUCAGCUUAUCCUCCUCACUCUCAAGGCUACAAUGGGGACUAUGCGACUAACGCUUCUUCGGUGGACGACCUGGUUUCAGGCGCCGCUCGAGAAGCUGAUGACAUUGACGAGAUUAUCAGGAUGGCUGAGGCAGGUAUCAAGCCUCCGAAGAAGGGAGAGGCGGCACAAGCACCAGCUACGGCUCCCGAAUCGACUGUUACUUCUACUGCGCCAACCGCCACGGCGACUCCUACCCCCGCCCCCGAAGGCUUCGAGAAGUCCGAAAUGACCGAGAAAACAGAUCAAGGAGAAAAGAAAGCAAAAAAGGAAAAGCCAAUCAAGAUGGUAUACUCAGACAACGACUUGAGCCCGGAGGAGAAAAUGGCCAUGAUGCCAAGGUACGCAUUCGUCCCAGAAGGCAAGACUGAAACCACCCUUGUCGAUGCGGCUACACUGCCUGGUGUUGCCGGUACGGUUGAUGCAUAG